AUGACCACGCCGACUUCCGGCAGAUUGCAAUAUAUCCAACGUCCGCCGAGUUCCGCUCAAAGGAGAAACCCUGUUAUCGCCGCGCGGACGACAUCAUCAAGCUUCCACUUGCACCGUACUGCUGGUCAUUUUGAUAAUCAGUUCCGACUUCUACGGGAGGAUAUGCUCUACGAGAUGCGUGAAGAGUUUCAGGUCGCGUGUGGUAAAAGGGAAAAAGCUCGAGCCGUCACAAUGCUGCAGAAACUGUCUCUUAUGGAGGUAUUUUUCGCGACUGGCCGACGGCAGCAUCCAUGUGGUAUGGCUAUCUCGUGCUUAGCCGGAUUGGAAGCCUUGAUGAAACUAGACCCUGAUGGUCGAAAGGAUUUUCUCAAAAGGGAAAAAAGCUACCUCCGCCAUCAGGCCUUCGGCUGUUUACUUCUUGACCAAGAGAUUGUCUCUUUUGCUACGGUUGACCGUCAGGUCGAUUUUCUUCUCAUGGACCCGCCCCAAAUCGUCCUUCGCGUCAUUGGAGAGGAAGCCGUGAAAAAGACCCUCUUAUACUUCAAGCUCUACGACGACAUCCAUUUCCUUUUUGUCGAUGCUCCGGUUUUUGCGUGCGAACCCAUCCUCCGAUGCCUACAAGAAAAGGUCGAGCUACCUCUUGCUAAGGAGCUGCUUGAGCAUCUUCUGGGAACUACUGUCGCCCUUUCGCACAUUAAUCCGUCGUCUGUACUUGAAGACAUACAUGAUCAAGAAACAUCAUUACAAGAUAUACUAGGCGCCAAGAAGCCUAUCACCCUUGAUCCCUCUCAACGCGAAUCCAUGUUAUGUGGACUCACCAAGCGAGUCAGUCUGAUUCAGGGGCCUCCAGGCAUGCUCGUCAAAUUAUGA